GCAUGUUGCACACGUGCCAUCUCACCAACACCAAAGUAAGUCGCGGAGAAACAUUAAUUUAACCCUUUGAUCAUUCAUGCUGCGUUACCUUACUAGCCUUAAGAGAGUGUUGAUGGUUUUAUAUUAAUGUAUAAAUGUUAGAUUUAUAUAUUGGGUGGCUGGGUUGCCAAGUGGUCUAAACGUCUAAACUGAGUAAAUCUCAAGUUGGUGGUCUGGAGAUCAAACACCACCAGCAUGUUCGAAAAAAACAUCGUUACAUUGUGACGGACGGACGCCAGAAAAAAAAAAAAAUAUAUAUAUAAUUUAUAAUAUUCCAUCUUCCCCCCACUCAUCUUGUGGUGGUACGAUUGCCCAGGGCCGGUCCCUACAAUUGCGGGGCCCCGUGCGGGGGGAGAUUGCGCGGGGCAAAAAAAAAGUGCGGGGCCCACUGCGGCCGCAGGGGUUGCAGUGGCCUAAGGCCUGCCCUGCGAUUAGCCAACACAAUUUCAAAAUAUACUACCCUACCCUUGGUGACAUUGUGUAACACCAUUUAUUGUACCGUAUUGGAUUGGAUAAUCCUAUUUUUGUAUUGGAUAAUGCCAAAUAGUGCAGUGGAUGACAUCAUUUAUUGUACUGGAUAAUGCCAAAUACAGCAGUGGAUAGCACCAAUUAUUGUAUUGGAAUACCCCAUUAAUUGUAUUGGAUAUCACCAUUUAUUGUAUGACAACCUCCGUAUGAUGUACCUUGACCUCUUCCAUCAGAUCCUGGUGACAGGAAGCUGUGCCAUGACAGCCGCCUCACUAAUGUCAUACAGACUAAAGGGACACGUCUCUGAUACACAGAUACUAGCCAUAGACGGAGAACAAGUGAGUCAUGUUUCACAAGAUGUUUCCAAUAGGACAUUAUUAAUCUCUCCUAGGUACUCCAACACAGAACUGCUGGCUUUCAAAGGGAACUAAGGAAGGGAAGGGAGCUGGGGAAGAGACCUAGGGAAGGGAAGGGAACUCAUGGUAAAAACUAGGGAAGGGAACCGAUGAAGAGAACUAGGGAAGGGAAUGGGGGAAGGGAACUGGGGAAGAGAACUAGGGAAGAUAAGAGAACUGGGGAAUAGAACUAGGGAAAUCAAGGGAACUGGGUAAGAGAACGAGGGAAUAGAAGGAAACUGGUGUUGAGAAUUAGAGAACAGAAAUAGGGAAGGGAACUGGGAAUAGAACCAGGGAGGGGGACUGAGAAGAGAAUUAGAACAGGGAAAGAGAACUAGGGAAGGAAAAUUAGGGAGGGGAACUGGGGAAGUGAACUGGGGAAGGGAAGUAGGGAGGGGAAGAGAACUAUGGAAGGGAAGGUAACCAGGGAAGGGGUGGGUUAUCCUGAAAAGAUUGCAUGACUUGAUGAAAACAACUCUUAAACUUACAAUGUUGAUGAGAUGCAAUAAUGAGAACUUAUCCAUCUAUGGGAAAAUUACGAAUUCUAAAUUGAUGAAAAAUGCUUUUGAUGGGCUUUUUAAAUCCAUAGAAUUGCUUUUAAUGUGAAAAUAGAUUUCACUCAAUUUUAAGAUAUUAAGAAAACAUUUUUAAAAGAAUUUAUUUUGUAACAAUUGUUGUCAAUGACAAAAUGUCCAAAGACAAAAGUAUAAAAAAGCAAUACAUGGAAUAGUAUCAGUUAAAAUAUUUGAAAAUGUAUUUUGAUAUUGAGCAAAUUCGUUUAUGAAAGCCUCCAUUCAAUUGUUAUAUAAAAUAAUGAUUAGAAAAACAAAGAUAAAUAGGAGAUUACAUUUCUGACAAGAUUGCUUUGGUUGCAAAUGAUGAGAAAGAUAUCAUUUCAGAUUCAAAACAGCACAAUCCCCAAAUUGAGAACAAGAUGUUAUGGACGAAUUCACAGAGAGUGCAGCACAAUAAGAGAAUGGUGGACUGGCAUAAAGGCAAGGAUUUAUUUAAUUUACUGUAACAUCUGUUUGAUUUUUUUUUUCUUUAAAUUUUGUUUGAAAAUUUGAAGGGUAAUAACAAAAAAGAAUAAUUGUUUCCAAAAAGUUAUCACUUAAAGAUAGUUAGAUCAAGAAAUUGUAAUUCUAAAAAGAAAAUGUAAAUAAUGAUUGGACGUGCUUAUCAAACCAAAACAUAAAGCAGACCUGCGAAUGGUUUGAGAAACAGAAAAAAACUAUUUAAUUUUUUACAGCUAUAAUAAUAAUAAUAACAUUUUGAAACAAUGCGUUCAUGUAAUAUAAUGUAAUGAAACAUUACUUGAAAUUUAAUUUUUACUCGCAUUCUAUGGAUUUCAUUUCAGAGCAAGCCGUCAACACCCACAUUUUUAGGAACCAAAUUCUUGGCUGGGC